AGCAGCCACACUGACAGCAGCAUCUCCGCUCUGUCGCCCUGCGCCUGUCAGCAGUCACAGGGAACCGGCCGGGACUCCUCCCGCUUAACUUCAUUAACAGUCCGGUGCUGACUGGACAGAGUGCGCGCGCGCGCACAGCCAAGCCACAUUGCCAAACGGUCGGGCAGACUCUGGUGACCUACUUACUACAAAACAAAGGUUCAUUUUGGAACAUCUUACAUGAACGCGUUUUGCAGCUGAAGCGGAAGAGAGGAGGAGAGGAGGAGAAGAGGAGAGGAGGAGAGGAGGCGAGGACACAACAGUGGCCCACACACGCGUGGACAGCGGACACGCAGGCGAGAACUCUAGGGAGAAUCUGUUGAGUGGAAGUGACUGUCAUCAGUUGCAGACCUCAGACCUCCGAGGUGUGAUGCGAUGCGUUACAAUAGUAAUAAUAAUAAUAAUAAUAAUGACACUGGAGGCUUCGGACCAGUCCAGCACCAUGGAGCAUGAACUGAAGAUGGGCAUGUCUGUGUGGUCAAUUAUGGCCAUCGCGUGUAACUCUGCGGUGGGCAUCCUCAUCCUCAUCCUGUUCGUCAUCCUCUACAAGGCCUGCAAGGUGCCAUCACACCAAGAGAAGGUGCCAGUUUUCCCAGCAAUGCCGGAGAAGAAGAAGGCCGAACAUAAGUACCUGCUGACUGCAGCCUGAUCGUCAGGGCCACACGGAAUCUGACGAAUUGUCUGCAGAUUUUGUGCAGAUUGUAUGCAGAUUUUAAACAAUUAAAAAAAAAAAAAACUCAUUCAUGGAUCACUGCAACACAUGGGUCUGCUGAUAAGAUAGGACACGGACUUGAGAUGUAGACAUAAUUCAAAUUUAGUCCACAAGUUGAGCUACAGAGUGUUAGAGAACAAGCUGCACUCUGAACUUUGAGCGAUAUUCUAGAUUUCUUUUCCUCCACGAGUCACUCAGUAACUCCUGUUGUCUUACAUGAACAUACAUAUUCACAUUUCUCCACCCUCAGCUCCUCAUCUACGCCAUGCAGUGGAGCUUAGUGUGAGCUAGCUGCAAUAAGACAAGCACAACAACAACAAGUGGGCCCAAUCCUCUUAUCUGUGCUGUGCGUCUCUGGGACUGUCCAUCUGUCAGCCUGUUUGCUAUGCUCUACACACGUAGACCAUGAUCUCCUCCCGUACCACAACCUUUUUCAUCCCUCCGGAUGACACAACUGAGAGGAUGCGGAGGAGAAACUGCAAAGACAGAACGGAUUGUCACGGGAGACUUUGGGCUGAUGCUGUUGGUUGAGAGUUACAGGAACAUUUCACAGGCCCCUUCUGUGUCCCCGGACCAUAGCUUGGGAUACCCUACCCGGAAGUGGGCGGUGGAGUCACCGUCACCCAACUGGUCACACCACCGUCGACAUACUGCCUGCUGGGAUGAAGCUCGCCACCGAAGAGCUACAGAGAUUGUUACAAAUCUGAGAUCACGCUCAACUUUUCGGCGAGAACUCGUCGAAACGACCGGUUACCGAUUUAUUAGUUUCAAGGAGAAGGGAGGAAAAGAGGCGCGCAGCCAAAAUGAUGGAAGAAAUAGACAGAUUCCAAGUGCCGAGUGCCGUGCAGGAGGCGGAGAUGCAGGCUGAGAUGCAGCCGCUGGACCCGGCCUCGUCCACAGCCUCAGAGGCGGACUCCGACACCAGAGAGGGGGAACCUGUCACGAUCAACUACAAGCCCUCCCCUCUGCAGAUGAAAAUAGAGAAACAGCGAGGGCUGGCUAGGAAGGGCUCAUUGAAGAACGGCAACGCUGUAGGUAGUCCGGUCAACCAGCAGCCCAAGAAGAACAACGUCAUGGCCAGAACGCGGUUGGUUGUGCCCAAUAAAGGCUAUUCCUCUUUAGACCAGAGCCCAGAUGAGAAGCCCUUGGUGGCCCUAGACACAGACAGUGAUGAUGACUUUGACAUGUCCAGAUACUCAUCGUCGGGAUACUCCUCCGCUGAGCAAAUCAAUCAGGAUCUGAACAUCCAGCUGCUGAAAGAUGGUUACCGCCUCGACGAGAUCCCUGACGACGAGGACCUGGAUCUGAUCCCGCCCAAAUCCGUCAACCCCACCUGCAUGUGCUGCCAGGCAACCUCCUCCACCACCUGUCAAAUACAGUAACCCCGCCCUCUGACCUUCUGCCUCUCCCCCCUCUCCACACAAUGUAACCCCCCCAAUCUUCAUCUGCUGUGAGUUCACUUCGCCGCCACAGUGGUGACAGUGAAGCAUUGGUAGAGUAUUGUAACGACAGUUAAGUGCUAUGAUGAUGACAAUGACAAAAUAAUCCAAUUAACAGGAAGAGUGUUAAAAAAACAUCUAGGGGAAGGAACACAUUUGAAAAUAUUGAAUAUGCGUUUAAAAUAUGAGUAUAAGCGGUGGUUUCCUCCUAUGGUAGGACGUGCACUCGUGUUUGAGAGGCCUUCUCCUGGGGAACAUGGUGUAAC